AUGUAUAUAAGGAUAAAACCAGAGAUAGUUGAAGAGAAUGAAAAUGAAAGAUUAGAGAAUCAGAUGUAUAUUGAUCAGCUUGAUGCUUUGUCUAGAGAUGGUCAAAAUCUUCAUCGAGGAUCUAUCAAUCCUUUAAACGAAUACAAUCGAGAUGCAUUAGAGUAUACAUUACCAUGGCCAAUAAUACAACGUAUAUUCAAGUUGGCAUCACGUGCUCUAUGUACCUGUGUCAAUAGCGAUGCAUUCAAAAAGACUCAUCAAGAUCGAUCAUCGAUCAUGCCAAAUGACAGAUACGAUGAUCCUCCUCGUCACCUAUUAGAGUUGCACGGCAAAUUUGUGGUUCAACAAAGGGUGAAACAACACUCGCUGACAGGAGAUCAACUAUGCUCUAUUCAUCGUUUCAGCAGUACUGUCACUGGACGCAAACCCCAAUUUGUUUAUACUGCACAAGAAACUUCCUCUUACAAUCACAAAUACAAAGGUGUAGAACAAGAGAAUUGUCGAUGGAUGCGUAGUAUGGCACUGCUAUGCAAGAGAAUGUUUUCAUUUAUUGCAACGCAACUCUUUACCACUGUUGUGAUAAACUCUACCAAAAACACUUGGUAUCACGUCACCAACAACUAUUGUAUCAUUAAAAAGCCAAAGACAUUGAUCAUAGUCCCUUCCAAACCUUCACAACCAUCACUAUUCUUUAUGAAUAGAACCCAAACAUCGUUGGCCAAAGAGUUUUUUGAGCAUGUCGAGCAUUUACACAUAUGCGAGCCAUUCUUGCUCCAAAAUACCGCCUCCAUCUCUUAUCUCGUCAGUUUGAUGCCAAAUAUCAGAUCAUUUACUCUAAACUGCGAUAUUGACAGAUCAGUCUUGAUUGACCUUUUUAAUGGCCCUCUACAAACCAUUCCAUCACUCAACUUGAUAAAUGCCCGUGUGGUGAUGCCUCGAACCUUUGGCUUGGGACAAAUGCAAGUGGAACAAGAAGGACUUGUGAUUGGUAGUCUUAUUCAACCGACAUUUAACCUUACAAAGAUUAUCCUCUUACAACCAUUCGAUUGGAACAGUCUAGGUAAAGAGGUCAAACAAAAUCUUCAAGUCAUCUCGCUCCUUUAUCCUCAUGGAGACAAAAUCAAACUAGUCUCUGCUGAUUUUCCAAACUUGCGACAUGUCUACACCAUGAGUCAUGAUCGCAAUCAUGACCAUCUUCCAAACAGUGUUGCCAAAGUUACAUACCUCGACUUUCAACUACCCAUUCUCGAUAUUGACUUUUUACACACCAACAUCUCAACAAUACAAUUUAAAACUAUCCACUCGACCAAAUCUGAUCAAUACACUCGUCUGUCGAUUAAAAAUGUCAACACUAUUAUCAUCCUUUCAUCAUUUGAUGUUUGUCAAUCAGAUAUCAACCAUUUUAAUGAUUUGGGUUAUGAUCAUAUUGGAACAUCACCAUACAAUAGAUCAAAUAAUUUAAAAUCAAGUCAAAAGAAAUUAUUUUUUAUUAAAAAAAAAUAUUUUAAUCAAAAUCAAAAUCAAAAUCAAAAUGAUCAAAAUAAUAAUAAUCAAAAUAAUAAUAAUUAUCAAAAUCAAAAGAUUAAUAAUUCUUUACCAACAUUUAUAAUUUAUAAAAUAAUUGGAAUGACAUUUAAAUUAAGAGAACGUUGUACAUGUGUUUAUGAAAAAGAAACUGUACUAAAAUGGAUUGAUAAGGGAGAUGAUAUUCUAGAUGAACAAGAGGAAAUGAAACGUUUCAAUGAAAUGAAGAAUAAUUGUCCAACUCAUUUCUCACAUUCUAUUCCAUAUGUACCAUUAUCUUUUUCUCUGCAAGACAGUAAUCGAUCCAAAUUACAAUUGGCACUCAUCAACAAAGAUAUAUUUAAUUAUAUCAGUGGAAAUUGCUUCUCUACCAUUCAACUUGAAAAGUGUUUCGCCUCUACCUCGGCUCACUCUGCAAAUCCAUAUUGUGUUGCUUUUAAACACUUGACAACUUUGAUAAGUUGCAGCAAUGUUUUAGAAAGAAUUUUCUUUAUAAAAGACAAUCUUUUACACAUUACCAAGCUAUUGGCCAAUGGAGAUGAUUUAAAAGACAUUAUCAAACAUUUACCAAAUCUCACGACCAUUUAUAUCUCACAAAUUCCAUCCCGCUACAAUUUACGAUUGGACAUUUCCAAUCUUGGACAACUCACGUAUCUCUCUAAAUUGAACUUUAUAGGCUCGAAUAUCGAGAUUGAUCAUUUAACAUUGUUGAAUGAAAUUAAAAACUUGCCUCUCCAAAAACUUUGCCUUCCAUCCAACAGUCUUGGUGUCUACUCUCAACUUUUUCUCGGAUUGAAACAAUCAAUUACCAAAAUGUCUGUUGCUGCCUCUAAUUGGCAAGAUCUCUGUCAGUUCCCAAAUGUGAGACACAUUGUUAUUGUCGACGAUUACCCGAUCCAUUCUCCACCAUUACCAAACACCAUUACAAAGGUAACAUCACACUCUUUGGACAUUGAUUUUCUUCCUAAAAGCCAAUCUGUUGAAACAUUAAAGAUCGCUGCAAGUUAUAGACCCAGAGGUUGUUUAUUUGACAUUUCACAACUCUCUCCAAGAUUCAAUAACCUUGUCAGAAAACUCUCGUUGGAAUGUCAUCAUGUCGAAAAUUUUAUCUAUGGCUACGAAUAUCCAUUCAACAUUCCAGAUGAUUUGUUUGGUUCAUUUAAUUAUCGAAUUGAAUAUAGUCGGACAUCUUUAAUCACUGAAUAUAUUAAACUAAAAAGAGAAUGA